ACGCAGCCUGGCGUGUCAGUGGAAGCUGAUGGAGAAUCGAGCUCUGGAUCCAGGGACUCGGGACUCCUAUGGUGCCAGCAGCCACCUCCCCAACAAGGGGGCCCUGGCGAAGGCCAAGAACAACUUCAAAGACCUGAUGUCCAAGCUGACGGAGGGCCAGUAUGUGCUGUGCCGAUGGACAGACGGACUGUAUUACCUCGGGAAGAUCAAGAGGGUCAGCAGUUCUAAGCAGAGCUGCCUUGUGACCUUCGAAGAUAAUUCCAGAUACUGGGUCCUAUGGAAGGACAUACAGCAUGCCGGCGUUCCAGGAGAGGAGCCCAAGUGCAACAUCUGCCUGGGGAAGACAUCAGGGCCUCUGAAUGAGAUCCUCAUCUGUGGGAAGUGUGGCCUAGGUUACCACCAGCAGUGCCACAUCCCCAUAGCAGGCAGUGCCGACCGGCCCCUGCUCACACCCUGGUUCUGCCGACGCUGCAUCUUCGCGCUGGCUGUGCGGAAAGGCGGCGCGCUGAAGAAGGGCGCCAUCGCCAGGACGCUGCAGGCCGUGAAGAUGGUGCUGUCCUACCAGCCCGAGGAGCUCGAGUGGGACUCACCCCACCGCACCAAUCAGCAGCAAUGCUACUGCUACUGCGGCGGGCCCGGAGAAUGGUACCUGCGGAUGCUGCAAUGUUACCGGUGCAGGCAGUGGUUCCACGAGGCCUGCACCCAGUGCCUCAAUGAGCCCAUGAUGUUUGGAGACCGGUUCUACCUGUUCUUCUGCUCCGUGUGUAACCAGGGCCCAGAGUACAUUGAGAGGCUGCCCCUGCGAUGGGUGGACGUGGUUCACCUGGCCCUCUAUAACCUGGGGGUGCAGAGCAAGAAGAAGUACUUUGACUUUGAGGAGAUCCUGGCCUUUGUCAACCACCACUGGGAGCUCCUACAGCUUGGCAAGCUCACCAGCACCCCUGUGACAGAUCGAGGACCGCAUCUCCUCAACGCUCUCAACAGUUACAAAAGCCGGUUCCUCUGUGGCAAGGAGAUCAAGAAGAAGAAAUGCAUCUUCCGCCUGCGCAUCCGCGUCCCCCCCAACCCGCCAGGGAAGCUGCUGCCUGACAAGGGACUGAUGCCCAGUGAGAGCAGCACCUCCUCCGAGCUGCGUAAGAGAGGAAAGAGCAAGCCUGGUUUGUUGCCUCACGAAUUCCAGCAGCAGAAAAGGCGAGUUUAUAGAAGAAAAAGGUCAAAGUUUUUGCUGGAAGAUGCUAUUCCCAGUAGUGACUUCACCUCCGCCUGGAGCACCAACCACCACCUCGCCAGCAUAUUUGACUUCACGCUGGAUGAAAUCCAGAGUUUAAAAAGUGCCAGCUCAGGCCAGACAUUCUUCUCAGAUGUGGACUCCACAGACGCCGCCAGCACCUCUGGCUCCGCCUCCACCAGCCUCUCCUAUGACUCUAGACGGACAGUGGGCAGCCGCAAGAGGAAGCUGGCAGCCAAAGCAUACAUGCCACUGCGGGCAAAGCGGCGGGCAGCUGAGCUGGGUGGACACUGCCCCUCGGACAGCAGCGCAGAGGGGGCUUCUGGCCCCGAGCGGCCAGAAGAAGGCAUUGACAGCCACACGUUUGAGAGCAUUAGUGAAGAUGACUCAUCCUUGUCCCACCUCAAGUCAUCUAUCACCAACUACUUCGGCGCAGCUGGGCGGCUGGCCUGUGGGGAGAAGUACCAGGUGCUGGCUAGGAGGGUCACGCCUGAGGGCAAGGUUCAGUACCUGGUGGAGUGGGAAGGGACCACCCCUUACUGACUAGCCCUGGGGGGAGGCCAGGAGCCCUGAAAACCAAAGGAGGGACAGCAGAAGCCAUAGGCUCCAGUUUUCUCCAGGCUGGGGUGGGAGAGGGAAGCAGGGCAGAGCUCCAAGUGCCUGGCAAAGGCCCUGCCUGCCUGCCUGCUUCUCAGGCCAAGGCCCAGGCCUGCGUUUCUGCUGUGCCAGUUCUGCUCUAGGGCCUCCUCAGGCUCGUCACCCCUUCACCUGUGUCUCUAAGGUUCCACAGGCUAUUUUCCAGUGUCUCCACACUCCACACCCCCGACUCUGUUUACGUGUUCCUCUAAAUUUAUGUCUCUCUGGCUCUGUGACCCUUUCCCCUGAGGCCCGAAUUUUUGUCACCAGCUCUGUCCCUUAACCUCUCUCAUCCCUUCUGGGUGUGUUUAUACAUCCUACCUGUGCACACUGUCCCUCUAGUGAAUAUCUUCACAUCUGACCUGUGGGGCAGCCAGUCCUUCCAGGGACUACGUUAUGAGGACAGGAACCUUUGAGAGAAUGGGAAGAGGUGGAUAAGAGGCUGCCUCUCGAAGCUUUUCCCUCCCACUUUCCUGCCCUUGGAGAGAGGUGGUGGGGGUGGAAGAAGGGCCCCAUGAACACCUAUGAGGGGGCAGAGACUCCAGGACUCUCGGAUGUGAGGAGCAAAGAGCUGGGUCUCCCUCGGAAGGCAGGGGCACCAGGGCCCAGGUAUUCAGGCUGAGAGCGAAGGCUGCAGGAGUCAGCUGUGGAGGUCCCAGUUUUCGGUUCCCUGGCCACACCCCCUCUGUUGCCGUGCUGGGCCUAGCCUUGCUGGAGUGAAGGCGAAAGGGAGGGCAGCCAUGUUGUGCUACACCCCAGACUGUUUCCGGUGCCUUCUGCCCCUAGACCCACCACACACGCAG